AUAGAUAGUUGAUCUCACUCAUCCCAAAGUCACCUCAACUAAAAGCUUUGUAGGAAACUUCUACUUGACACGAAACACGGUUUGGAGGGAAAGGGCAGAAUUUUGAUGUGAACAAAAAUAUCUGGUACCAGGUUCUUCAACGAAACAGCAUCUUAGAAGGAAAGAAAAAAAAAAAAAAAGAAAAAAAAUUCUUCGGAGCAUUAUUGUUGGCAUUCUUUGUUAUUUCACCACACUUUUUCUAUUUUCUUAAUUCCGUCAUGGCUAUGGUUCUGGAUGCUGUUGUUGGACAAGUGCUUGAUGAACUGCUGAGCACUGUUAUUGCAAUGAAAGACAGGGCAGUGAAGUUCAGAGCCACCCUGGAAAAGUUGCAUUCCACCCUCGAAAAAGUAGAACCGAAGGCUAGGCAGAUAUAUGCUCUUAACAAGCGAUUGGAUAAACCAGCUGAAGAAUCGCAGAAGCUGAUCGAUGAGAUGCAGAAGGGGAAGGAGCUUGUUAUUGAGUGCUCCAAAGUUGAUUGGUGGAAUUGCUGUUAUAAGGCCAGUUCCCAAGAGAAACUUCAAGACUUGAUCGAUUCUAUUACUCUGUACUUUCAAUUGGAUAUGCAAGGAAAUAUAAAUGUCAUUGUAUUGGAGAACCAGCACCUGCUGAAGAAGCUUGUGGAGAGUGUUCCGAGAAGGAUUGAAGGCUUGUGCUCUCCACCUGAACCCCCAGCUUUCACUGUUGGGCUGGAUGUUCAUUUGGGGGCGUUGAAGUUCAAGUUGCUGGAGAAUCAUCAUGAGGGGUCGGUGCUCACGGUAACUGGAGCAGGAGGUUCGGGAAAGUCAACGUUGGCCAAGAAGUUUUGUUCUGAUGAGGAAGUUAAAGGUAAAUUCAAGGACAACAUAUUCUUCAUCUCCUUAGUGGAAUCGCCCAAGUUGAGCACCAUAGUGGAGAGACUGUUUGAACACAAUGGUUACGAGAAGCCACAGUUUCAAAGUGAUGAGGGUGCAGUUUAUCGAUUGGAAAAUUUGCUAAAACAGAUUGGAAAACAAUCCAUAUUAUUGGUCCUGGACGGUGUUUUGCCAGAGUCAGCAUCCCUAGUUGAGAAAUUCGUGUUUCAGAUCCCAAACUACAAGAUUUUAGUGACAUCAAGAUUUACAAUUAAAGGAUUUGGGCAGCCAAUCGUGUUGAAAUCACUGAAUGAAGCUGAUGCUUUACACUUAUUUCGCCACUCUGCAUCCCUGGACCAGACCAGCUCUAAUAUUCCCGAUACUAUUGUGCAGAAGAUAGCAAAAGGGUGCAGUGGUUCUCCCUUGGCACUUAUAGUAACUGGAAAAUCUUUAAGUCUUGAAGAACCAGUGGUUUGGCACAACAGGGCGAGGAUAUUGUCGAGGGGUCACUCUGUUCUUUAUUAUAGUUCUAGUAGCGAUGGGCUUCUUACUUGCCUCCAAAAAAGCUUUGAUGACUUGGAUGCUAAGCUUGCUGAGAGUUUUAUGGACCUGAGCUUAUUUCCUGAAGCACAGAAGAUACCCGCAGCAGCACUUGUUGAUAUUUACGCAGAACAGCGUGAUGAAGACGAUGACAUUGCAAUGGAGAAUAUCCAUGACCUCGUCAAAAGGAACGUGGCUGAUCUUGUUGUCACAAGGGAUACUACGAGUGGCACAGUUGACUACAAUUACCAUUAUGUUACGCAGCAUGGUCUUCUUCGGGACCUAGCCAUCCAUCAAACAAGAAAUUUGCCGACUGAGAAGAAGCAUAGGCUAAUAAUUGACCUCAGAGGGAACAAUAUCCCCAAAUGGUGGACUACACAGAAUGAGUAUCACAUUGCAGCCCACUCAUUAUCCAUAUCAACUGAUGAAGAAUUCACUUCAGAGUGGUGCAACUUGCAGCCAAAUGAGGUCAAGGUUCUAGUGAUGAACCUUAGAGAAAAAAAGCGCUCUCUACCACCGUUCAUGAAGAAAAUGAAUAAAUUAAAAGUCCUGACAAUAACGAAUUAUGACGUCAAUCGUGCUGAGUUGGAGAAUUUAGAGCUGCUUGAUUAUCUUUCUGAUCUCAAAAGAAUCAGGUUAGAGAAGGUUUCAAUUCCUUUCCUUAGCAAGACUGGAGUGCCACUGAAGAAUCUGCACAAGUUCUCUUUCUUUAUGUGCAAUGUGAACGAAGCCUUCAAAAACAACACCAUCAAAGUUUCUGAUGUGCUUCCAAAUUUGAAGGAGAUGAACAUUGAUUACUGUGAUAUGGAGGAAUUGCCGGCUGGACUCUCCGAUACUGUUUCCCUAAAGAAGCUAAGCAUCACAAACUGCCAUAAACUUUCAAAACUUCCUACAGGAAUUGGAAAGUUGGUGAAUUUGGAAUCAUUGAGGCUUACUUCUUGUACCAAAUUAGAAGAGUUGCCAGACAGCAUCACAAGCCUUCAUAAACUGAACUUUCUUGACAUUUCUGACUGUGUAAGUCUUAGGAUGUUACCAGAAAACAUAGGGGAGCUGGGUAGUUUAGAAAGGUUGAAUUGCAGAGGUUGCAACAGAUUGUCUGAAUUGCCAUACUCAGUGACGGACCUUGAGAGCUUAAGAGUGGUAGUAUGCGAUGAAGAGAGGGCUGCAUUAUGGGAACCUAUCAGAUCCAUGUUUAGUGAUCUAAAGCUAGAGGUAGUCCUAACUGAUUUCAAACUAGAUCCUCUUUUAUAACUUGCAUUCUGGUACUUGGUUUUGACAACACAAUCGCAUUAUUUGGAGGCAUGUAUAUGAUAUUCCGAGAACCAAAUCUGUGUACUUCAAAAUUAUUAGGAGCUUUUGUUGUUUUCUCUACAUUUUUUUGAGUGAUCACAUAAUUUUUUAGUAUGAAUUGUAAUUGAACGAUAUAAUAUAAAAAGUAUCCUGCAGCUCAUUGCU